AUGUCGUCGGGUCGGAAGUAUCUCUGUAAAGCAUUGGUGAAAUUGGAUACGGAAGCAAGUAAUACUGGACCGUGCAGUAAAGUGUUGAAAACCAAAGAAGCGCCUCUAUCAAUCCCCGCAUUUCCGCCUGAGGAAAGUCAGAAACGAAAAAAAAUUGACUAUGCAAAGAGUCAGAAUACGGAUAUGAGCGUCACUUCUAGGGGUUCUAACUCUCGAUUGGCAGACCUCUGGACAGCUAUAGGCCAUGGUAGCAUCUGGUUGGCCACCGCAGAUGUUGAUAAGGUCGGCAGUGUCGAUGUUUUAGUCACACAAGUCUCAAUGAAAGUCUUUUCUUCAUUAAGCAUUGCUAGACCUUUUGCUCUUGCAGUCGGGCGCACCGUGCAGGAUAUUACGAGCGCAUAUAACGAGACCAAAGAGGCUUCGUUGCAUCUCAAGCUGAUUUCCAGGCCCGUCGGCACCUUGGGGGUCGCCUACGAAGCUGAAUAG